CUUCUUCUUCUAUAUCUAAAAACUAGGGUUUUGAGAGGAGUUAUGCAGUACUGAAAUAUUUAUAAAUUUGUAUUGUUUGUGAUUUCAACGCCGACGGUGUUUCUACAAAUCAAUCUUUCAAUUACUAUUUAUUUUGUCAAUGCCUAGAAUUCCAUUCAUUAAAUGGAUGGAUCUAAACAUUGACUAUCUUGGAACUGCUUCUUCUCUGUUCAGUGGGUUUGACAUUUCGAUACAGCAUUCGACUUUAUCAUUUGCUGUUGUUCCACAGAAAACGGAUUUGGCCCUAAUUUCGUUUGGCGGCUAACCCUUCUAGUUGGGCAUGGCGCCAAGUAGAAGAAAAGGCUGUGUCAGGGCUGCUGCUGCCGCUGCUGCUUGUCGGCAGUGGAAGGUUGGGGAUCUUGUUCUUGCCAAGGUCAAAGGUUAUCCAGCUUGGCCUGCAACGGUAAGUGAGCCAGAGAAGUGGGGUUACUCAUCUGAUGCCAAGAAAGUUCUUGUGUACUUCUUUGGCACCCAGCAAAUAGCCCUUUGUAAUCCUAUAGAUGUCGAACCAUUUACAGAGGAGAUGAAAGAAACACUUCUCACAAAGCGUCAUAGCAAAGGUGCUGAUUUUGUACGUGCAGUGCAUGAGAUAAUUGAUAGCUAUGAACAGUUGAAGAAAGAAGGUGAAGUUUCUUCUAACCCUGUGGGUAAUGUUACUCGGAAAAAUUCAGGGAGCUCAGGGGACAAUUUAGGACUGCAGAAUAGGAAUGAGGCUUCUAAUGUAGCACUUGAUUUGUGUGCACAAACUCCUUUAAUUGUUGAUGGUAAGGAGUUAAAGGUUGCUGUUGAAGAUUCUGUAGAGAUAGUUAAGGAAUCUGACAUUUUUCCUGAUAAAGUGACAAUAACAAAAGACCCUAAGGAAAAGAAUCAAGGAAAUACGUAUUUUUCAAGAAAGAGAUUCAGAGGUGCACAACCAAAUAGCUGCUCCUCCCAGAAACAGGUAGUCACUGCUCCUAGGUCCAGAUUCUUGUCGAGAGUGGAUGUUUCUAAGUUUGAAAAAUGCAUAUCUAAUAAUGAUGGUAAGGCUGCAACAGAUGUACCUGCUUCACUUUUACGUGAUGAAAUCAGAAGCAUGAGAGUGUGGAAAUCACCAAAUGUAGCUGAUGAGAAGACGAAUCUACAUGCCAUGCCAUUAAAUGGUAGCUCUGAAGAUAAUGGUUCUGAAAUUUUGACAGUCGAUUCAGAAGCUAUCAGUUUGAACGAAGGAAGUACAUUGGAUUCUGGCUGUAACUUACAACAGUCUGAGUCUGUUCUUGAACAUUGUGAUGCAAUUGAGUUAAACCAAAAAUCUGUUCUUGUGGAAGAGGCUGUCAUUGUUAAAAAGAAAAGGAAGCAAAAUAGAAAAAGAGCAACUAGUGAUGCUUCUGAUGCUGCCAAAGUAGUUGAGGAUACAGGUUCAGAGGUAGAAGCAGUUAGAGCUGGUCAACAUUUUCCUGAUGAAAGGCGAUCUCCGCUAGACAAAGGUGAUGGUGAUGAACAUCUUCCACUUGUGAAAAGAGCACGGGUUCGGCUGGGAAGAUCGUCAUCUAUCAAGGAGGAUCUGGAUAUUUCUUCACCACUUGAAGAGAAAUCUUCACCACUUCUAAAUAAGGUUCCUGGGCUUGUUUGCACAUCCAUGACUCCUGAUGUAGAUUGCAAUGUGGAUACAAAAACAUUUCUAGUCAAGUUUAACACAAGUGAUCCAGUGCUACCAAAUGUAUGUUCUCAGUCUUCAGUUGAUCAACUUCAGGUUUCGGAUGGAAGGAGCAGUGCAAAGUUGGGUUGUCCAGUGUAUGGUGAGGCUGCUUUACCUCCAUCUAAGAGGCUCCAUCGAGCUUUGGAGGCUAUGUCGGCAAAUACUGCUGAAGAUACUAAAUCUGAAGUUUCAUUGACCAUCAAGACGUAUAUAAAUAAAAGUAUUUCUAGCAGGGAAUCUCCUGAAACAUCUGUCGGUGGCAAAGGAGUGAAAUGUCCUGCAACAGAAAGUUUUGAGUUUACUAAUGUGAAUGCUUCUCAAGGUAUCAAUUGUACUACGAUAGCUACUAGUUCUGAGCUGCCUGAGGAGGAGGAAAGGGCAAACAGUCCCAUAGAAAAAUUAAAUUGCAGCAAACUUGUCAGCAUGAAUAGUAGCCAGAAUAAUGAGUUUUGUGAAGUUAGGGCUCUGGAGAAUCUUGAAAGUGACGAGCUGAAAAGUCUUCCACUUUCAUCCUUGGGUGAAUCAAUCAUUAAGGUAGCUGUGGCUACAACUCCAAAAAACAUACUGCCUUCUACUGGAAUACAAGAAGACAAUAGGGGAUGUGAUGAAGGUUCACUUGAACCACUGUUGCCUUCAAAGGGAAGAGGCCAAGACGAAAAUAUUGACAACCACCAUAAAAUUCAGAAGUCUUUGAGCAAACCUUAUACUUCACAUGAUUUAGAAGUGGUGUCUUAUCCUGGUUCAAGAGAUGCAGAAAUUGGUGAGAAACUUCCUGGAGAGGGUGAUGGUUCAGAUAUGAAGCCUUCCAAUUCUCCUUUUAUUAAGAAGAAAGAAGCUAGUCAAAUGUUUCAUGUUACUGGAGAUAUCAAACAAGUGCCUAGAGAUUCAGAUGCUAUUACCUCUCCAACUACACUGAAGGAUAUAGCAGCUUCUGAAUUUCUCCAGAACUUAUCUGGCUCCACCUCCAUUUCUUUGGAUCAUACUGGUGAAAGGGAUAUAUCAGGGCAAGGGUCAUCAUCUUCCAUGACAAAUAGGUUAGGUUCCAUUGCAUGUGAAUCUCCGCCAAGCACAUCUGUCUGUAAUGAUUCCACAAUAGAAAAUGAUAGAAUAGACACAGGACGUUGUGUUCUAACUUCUCAUAUACAAUAUGUAAAAUCAAAAGACAUAAACAAAAGGAGCAGUAUGACUGAGCCGUCUGCUGCACUAACAGCCUUUGAGGCUGCUCUUGUAUCUUUAACGAGGACAAAAGAGACUAUUGGCCGAGCUACACGGAUCGCUAUUGACUGUGCCAAGUAUGGAAAUGCUUCUAAGGUGGUUGAAAUUGUUGCUCGUAAUUUGGAAACUGAGCCAAGCUUACAUCGACGAGUUGACUUGUUUUUCCUGGUGGAUUCAAUCGCGCAAUGUUCUCGUGGUUUGAAAGGUGAAGUUGGUGAUACAUAUCCUUCAGUAAUCCAAGAAUUGUUACAACGCUUAUUGUUAGCUGCAGCUCCACCUGGAAGUAGUGCCCUUGAAAAUCGCAGACAAUGUUUGAAGGUUUUGAGGCUAUGGCUUGAAAGAAGAAUCCUUCCAGAACCCAUUAUACGUCACCAUAUUCGUGAGCUUGAGUCCCUCUGUUGUUCCUCUUCUGGUAGUGCUUUCUCUCGGCGUUCUCUGAGAACAGAAAGGCCUUUUGACGACCCCAUUAGAGAAAUGGCGGGAAUGCUUGUUGAUGAAUACGGCAGCAAUUCAAGUUUAAAGCUUGUGGGACUUUAUAUGCCUCCUAUGCUCAAGGAUGUGGAAGAAGAAGGGAGUGACUCUGAUGGUGACAAUUUUGAAGCAGUUACACCUGAGCAUGAAUGCCAAUCUCAUGAAGAAAAAGAAAUUGUCUUGCCAAUGGCUGAAAAACAUACUCGUGUCUUGGAAGAAGUUGAUGGUGAGCUUGAAAUGGAGGAUGUCGCUCCCAGUUGUGAUGCUGAGACGGCUUCCAUUAGCAAUGCUGGCUUGGGUCCUUCUAAUGUCUUACAUCAGUUUGACAAACCAGCUUCCCUGCCUUUUCUCCCUCCCCUACCUGUAGACAUGCCACCAUCAUCUCCUCCCUUGCCUAUAUCACCGCCUCCGCCUCUACCUCCAACUGGCGCAAGCCUAGUCCCCUUUGAUUCUAAUGUCUAUGUGGAUGCUCAUGCAAUUGGGCAGAGUAUGGCAUUAGUGAACCCAGAAGUAGUGCCCCUUCGGCCGUCUGUACCAGAUCCCUGUAACUCUGGUGUAUUUAACAGUCAACCAGUUCCCCAUCACACAGUGCAGCCUGCAAUUGGGAUACAAGAGAAUAAUGAAACCAGUUUGCAUAAUGCAGCUUAUCCAAUGCGCCCACCACAGCCUGCACCAUCGAAUCAAUUCUCUUAUAUUCUGUUGCAAUCUCAAAGGGAGGUUCCACAUCCUUCCUAUCCUGGAGUUGUUGGGGGGAAUUUCUGUAAUGACUUUGAUAGGAGGAACAUGGGCUUGCAUGAGCAUGGUGGUGGUGGAAGUAACUGGAGGCUUCCAGGGCCGCCCCCUAUUUCAGGUACAUAUUAUCCUGAUUGUUCAGGAGGAGGAUCUUAUGCACCACCUUAUCCUCCUUGUGAUCCAUCUCCACAAAUGCCUAACAGCCAUGGAUGGGGUUUUCCUCAAUGGAAUACAAACCAUCGAGAAUUCACUCCUCAUAGGCCACCAGCCGAAGGACCCAUGUCUGUUGCAAUCAGAGCUCCAUGCUUUUGGCAACCUAGAUGAGCUACCAUGUUGAACUUAUGUGGUGUGAAACCCAUCUGCUGCAGCUUGUUCAAUUCUCCUGUCUUGUAAGUUGUAAGGUAUGAUGUCAAAACAAUAAGCUGGUUGCGGGAAUUGUACAUAUAUGUGUUCUCUAUUUCUCCCUCUGCAAAUGCAGUUGCGGAACUGUGCUUUAGUACAAUGACUUAUGCGCAUCGAGAGAGUCUUACCAUUUUUUAGAAUUUGUUGUCAGAAGAGCCCACAAUAUAGAUUUUGUUUUGGUUUGCCUGACAGGAAUUUGUAUCCUUCCAAUGUGAAUUACUUGCCUUGGGGAUUGAUUACUGUGUAAAGAUUAUAUGUUCUUGUCAUUGUACAUAAAUGUGUAAUUUAGUUCUACAACUCAAACACAUCCUUUGAAUGGUAUUUGUCAGAUUGUUUUGGCUGUGCAAAAUUGGUUUUGUGAAA